AUGCGCUGCAUAGUCUCGAAAAGCGACGCUCAAGGCAAAAGCUUCAUUGUCAAAAACAUGAUACCUGAUGAGUUCGAGUAUCCCUACAAGCUACAACAAAGCCUAGCAUCAUCCUCGAAUCUUAGGGCAAUGAUUGACGCAAUUCCCGAUCAAGAGAUCCUAAUCUACCCCUACUUGGCCUGCGAUCUACUUCGUAUCAGUCAAAAACAGCUUUCGGUGGACGCCCGAAAAGCAAUUCUCAAGCAUGUUCUAACGGGUCUUGCUGAGCUCCACGAUCGACGAAUGGUCCACACUGACAUCAAACCAAACAACAUUCUUGUCGACUACGAAGACUCCCCAGAAGGAAAUAUCAGUGUCAAAAGUGUCAAGAUCUCGGAUCGAGAGGAUGCUGUACAACUGGAGCCCGACCAAAACCUACUCGGCUGUCUCUGUGGGAAUCAGCUGUGGCGGAGUCCCGAGUCCCGGUUGCGCGUCCGGCAAAACACACCCUCUGACAUCUUCUCCUUUGCCAUCACCGCCAUCUACGUUAUGCUGGACGAGAUGAUCUUUCUCGUCCCCGACGAAGAGCUUGCGGAUGGUAAGGAGGCUUGGCAAGCGAUUCUGAUGAGACGCUUUUUCGAAUGGCAAUAUGUCGAUCUGGAGUUCAGAGAUUUGGUUGUAAAGAUGACCAAUCUGGAUCCAAGUAGGCGGAUUACUGCACGGGAAGCUCUUGAACACAAAUGGUUUAUGGAAAUCGCUUCGUCGAGUACAUAG